UUCACACUCAAUUAUUAGUGAACAUUCCAAACAAAAUAGACGCGGUUUUUUUUUUAUUGUUAAAACAUUUAAACUAUUCAUCAUUUGCUAGGUAUCUACGUAAAAAAGCUGAAAAAGUUAAGUGCCCAUAUUAUCAGCAAUAAGUUGUCCUAAUAAAAAUAAAUUUUCUGUUUAUAUGCUGGUGCCGUUUAUAGACGACGUUGACGUAAUUACGUAGGUAUCAGUGAUACUUAAAUAGUGUUUUACAAAAAUGUGGUGAAUAUAGCUUCUUAUCAGAAUAGAGCGAAAUCGAAGUUCCAACAAAUGUGUUGUUAAUAGUAAAAUAGGUUUCAGCUUGCGAUGAAUCUUAGUUUUUGGACCAUAAGGGCUGAGAGCUUUGAUAAUUAGUUUUUGAUCCAUAAAUUGAAAUUAUAAUGGCUUCGAAAUAUACGAUAGAAAGAAAUAUUCAGACCGAAAAGAUGGUGAUGAGCGUUUGGAGACAUCUAUUACCGCAGGUUAUUGCAACAUUGUUGGGCACGCUUAUUGCCUUGUCCGAUGGUAUGACUUACGGUUGGACUUCCCCGAUGAUCCCCUACUUUAAAAGCAACCAGACCCAUAUCCAAGUCACCGACUAUGAUACAGAACUGAUGGAAACCAUUGUCUUUUACGGAGCCACCACUGGACUGCCAUUUACAAUCUUGGGCGUCAACUAUCUGGGAAGAAAAAAAUGUAUGAUUAUAGCUGCCAUAAUUGGAUGCAUUAGCUGGAUUCUAUUAUUGAUAUCCAAUAGCCUAGCUUUAUUAUUUACCGCUAGAUUCCUUUCUGGUUUUGCUGGUGAUAUGUGCUACGUAGCUGCCCCCAUGUAUAUUGCUGAAAUUGCUGAUCAUCGAAUAAGAGGCUUUUUAUCAGCUUUGAUAUAUUUAAUGAUGCUGCUAGGAAUUAUCAUCGUUUAUUCUGUUGGGCCUUUUGCGCCUUACUGGGUUAUACCUAUAAUUGGUAUUGUUAUAACAGCUUUGGAAGUAAUUCUUUUUCCUUUUAUGCCAGAAUCACCAUACUAUUUAAUUUCCAAAAAAAAUGAAAAAGAUGCUAAAAAGGCACUUAGACGAUUACGUGGGGCCAAUACCAACAUAGAUACUGAAAUAAUGGAAAUUGAAAAAGCUAUAGAGAGACAGAAGACUGAAAAAGGACGUCCUCAGGAUCUGAUUCUGAUAAAAAGUAACAGACAUGCUUUAUUUAUAAUGUUAAUAUUAAAUGGUAUGCAGCACAUGGUAGGAAUCAGUGUAAUUCUAAUGAAUCUCCACGUAAUAUUGAAUGAGGCAGGCUCAGUGUAUCUGUCUUCUUCAACAGCAGCCAUUAUUUUUUCUGUAACUAUGUUAUGUUUUGCCACCAUUGCUUCUGGUGUAAUUGAUAAAUUUGGCAGAAGAAUUUUAUUAAUGUCUUCCGCCUCUCUUACUGGAAUAACUUUGCUUAUUAUUGCGAUUUAUUUCCACCUGAAAAAUUUACAAUAUGAUGUUGUAUUUAUAAGUUGGAUACCCGCUGUAUGUGUGAUGAUCUAUGCAGCUACAUUUAAGUUAGGAAUGGGUAUAGUGCCGAUUGUUGUCACAGCAGAAAUAUUUCCCACAUCAAUUAAAGCUGUCGGUAUGACGAUAGCUGAUGUGGUAUACGUAGUUGCAUCAAUAAUCUCUAUUACUACAUAUUCAGUUUUGUAUAAACAUGUCGGAAUGCAAGCUCCGUUUUAUUUGUUUAGUGCCUGUGCCUUUGUAACAGUGUCCUGCGUAUUUUUCUGGGUACCAGAAACAAAAGGUAAAACUUUGGAUGAGAUUCAGAUGAUGCUUGAAGGCAUUAAACCUGAAGACGUGGAAGAGACUAAUAAAAAGGAAAUUAAUAUUAGGUUUUAAUGAAAACUAUUGUGCGGAAAAGACUUAAAAGGAAAGUGAUCAUAGGUUUUAAUUUAUUAAUAGCUAGAAGUAAUGUAUUCUCUGUAGGAAUAUAAUAUUAUAAUCUAUAAUAUAGUAAGGUAGGUUUAGAUUAUCAAUGUUAAAUUAUUAAGAGAAACUUGACUGAUGCAAAUAUUGCUGCUCAUUACUAGAAGUGAAGUUAAUUUGUGAAUAAUUUGCCAAACCUUCUUUAAGUAUAGUGAAAAAAUCUCAUUAAAAUAGUUUUAAGUUUACUUUUACAUAUUUUUUCACAUAUUGUAUGUUUAUAGCAGGUUUAUUGUUAUGGUGGAAAAUGUUCCAUUAAUUUAACUCGACACAGAAAUGUUGUAGGUGAAACACUUUCAAACCUUCAAUAAGAUUUGCAAUGUCAACAUUAUUGUCACAGUGAACUGUGCCACAGCCGUUUAGUUUUGAUAAUAUUUAUUUUUAUAUGAUUAAGGCCAUCAACUGAAACUCAAUAGGUCAAUUGUUUAUUUUCAAUUCUGGUAUUAUAUUUUUUAUUGAAAUAGGUUUCCUGAUCUUUAUGGUACCUAAUAGUACAUAUAAGUAUUGUUUCAUAGCCUUAUCAUUUCUGGAAAGUAUUUAAUUUCUUAUUGAAUAAAAGACUGUUUGUGUUUGGAACUAUAA